UAUUGCACAUAGGAUAUAUCUUUCAAGCAGUUUAUAUUUAUUUAUAUGAAUAGAAUUGCAUUUUUUUUUUUUACAACACUAGUAUGCAAUUUGUAAAUUAUCUUUAUACACAGAAUAGCUGAGUGACCAAAUUUGCAUGUGGCAUAGUGCAUCUUUCAGUGCAAAGUGCUCCACUUCAAUUAAUUUCCUGUGUGAUGAAUGCAUUGGGACUAUUAUCAAUAUCAACCGCUGUUAACUCUCUCUUGACUUACAUUUUGCUUAAACUACAAAUAUUUUUUAAAUUUUGAAAUUAAAAAGAUUAUCUCCAAUUUAAGCAGGCACUUUAGUAGGGUCAUGUUGAAAUGCUUAUCUUUGAACAAUACAUACUUUUUUUGCAUACCAUUUUUGACAAAUAUUUAGUAUUAUACAUUGCAUACUUUGCAGUGUGCAGUAUUUUAGAGUUCUGAACAUGGCCUUGCAGACAUGACAUGUAUCUUUAUUGCUUUUGGUUUGGACCAAAUGUUCCAAGACACUUUCGACCAACUCAAAGCCUCCUCUGUUUGCGAGAGCAGCUGAAAAUGAUUGGGUUUGUACCAUGAGAGGUGCUUGGUUCUUUGAUUUAUGUUCUUACAUUUUUACAGGGCCUGAGUUCUGGAAAAAUCUAUGAACGCUAUUGUAGCAGCUGGUCUGUUUUAGACCGUCUGGAAAUGGCAUUGUGUAAGCUUAGCAGCCGCCCCUCCUCUCCUUUUGAAUGUGUGCCAUUGUUUUUGGAAAAGCGUGAGCAAGUUCAGGUAAAGGAAGUGUGAUAUGAGAAGUUCUCCGGUCUUUAAAGGAUGUCAUGCGUACAUUGUGCAGUUAUGUGUGCAUAUUUUGUUGUGGCAGAGUUUCUCACGUCUUGUUUUGCUUGCAUCACUGAAUGUAAAGUUUGUGUGGUGUGUGCAUGCAGACUGUGCACUCCAUGUGCGUUCUUCAGAGAAGGUCCAAAAGUAUUGAUUAUCUUUGCCAUUUAUAGGCAUGCAGCAAUCUUGAAUAGCCCAUUGGCUCCUUAUUCGACCUGUGUUUAUCUCCUCCGACAGGCACACACGUGCUUGUAAGUGGAGCCCUCCUGUCCCAGCCAAUCACAGCUGCUUAGGUGAAGUUCUGGAGGGUGUCAGUCAGACCAAUAUAACCACGUGCUGUGCUGGAGACAGUGUACAUACUAUCCUCUGUAAUGGAAUACAGUGCACAUGUCAGAGCAGAGGAAUUUACAAUGCAUUGACUUGUCGAAUAGCUUGGAAACAUUGAGGCUGGAGUCCUGACCCUUCUGUUUGGAGACAUCGCUCGUGCUGGUGGGAGGAGCCUAAUGCCUCAGAAAUGUGAAACUAUCAGUUACUGCAGCCCCACCCCUUACCGGGAGCCACGGUUACGAGCCUCCAGUCCGCCAUCAGUCUGGAGGUUUACCACCAUGCACCCCAAGCCAUACCCCAAACCACAAGAUAAAGAGAUGCGUCGGGAAUCUGUGCAUGAUGGAACUAGAGGCCUCCAUGCCGACCAGCAGGGAGUGCUCAGGAAAGAGUGGGGCUUUCGCCAGGAGUGUGGGCUCUUGGGCUCAUCUGGCAACGGCACAGCCAACCGGUGUCCCCUCAGUGUCAUCUCCACCAACACCCUCCGAUGUAGCAGUGGGAGUAAUGGACAAACUAGAGUUAGUUGGGCUCACAAGAGCAGAGCAUCCUCUGUCACAACAUUUACCAGUUCUUUAGUUCUGCUCUCACCUUUGACUGGUUUGGAGAAUGAAGGCUCAUUUAGGAUCUACCAAGGAGAAGAUGCAGAAGGGUUUUUGGAUAUAUGGGCUGUCAUUAAACCUGGGAACACAAAAGAGAAAAUCGCCAUUUUUGCAUCUCAGAAGUGUGGCAGUACUUGCAGUGGUGUUAUUGACAACACCUCAGAAAAAGAAGCCAUUGCCCCAGAGCUGCGGACUGUUUCUGUGAAAAACAAAGGAUGUUGGGAUGGUGACUGGUCUGUGGCUAAGCGCAGGAGAAGGUCUGGAAACCCAGACAAGUCAAAAAGUAUGGAACCUUCUUCUCCAAAAACUGAAAUGCCUAAAGUAUCUCAACAGGAGACCCUCAAUGAGAAUGUCAGUCCUUGCAAAGGAGUUGCUGAGGAUGCAGUCAGGACAGAGGGAGAAGAUGAAAAGAUGCUUUCUGUGGUGGAGAUGGUGGCAUACUUGGAGCAAAGAGCCAGCGACCAACAGGUGAGCUCCAAAGUCCCAUUCUUACGCAGCACCAGCACCAUCACUUUGUCUAAAGUUGGAACCAUCCCUCAGCCUGCAGAGCAGCAGUCCAAGGUUGCAGAAAAGCUGGAGGUCCAGGAAGAGGAAGGCGAGUCUGUUCGGGUUCUGGAUAUGGUGGCCAAGAUGGAGUCGCAAUGCCUGACUAGACAAAGCCUCCGAGAAGGUGGAGGAGACCUUUCUCGAAACAGCAGCUUACGGAGGAAGGUGGGGCGUGUGCUUCUGGCUGGGUCAGAACCUUACUCGCUGCUGUCACAACCAGUGUCACCUUCUGUCUCUCAGGACUGUAGAGUUGAAAGGGUCCCACUGGAUAGUGAUUUAAACAAACUGAGUUCCCCACCAAUGACCCUUGAGCCGAUAGAGACCUUGCAGUGUGGGAUUGACAGCUGUGCCCUAAAGGAGAAACAAAGUUCUUGUAUCUCAAGACAAGAAACUAGCACAGCUGCUGAGACCGUGCAGUUUUCACCAAAGGAUGCCAGCUCAGAGUGCAGUGAGGAACCGAUACCAGGCAAUUUGUUCUUUGCCAAAUCUUCACCUCAGCCUCCGAAGAAGCAGCAACUGCCCUUCUCAUCAAAGAGCAGAUUGCAAAACCAAGAGCCUUCUCACAUCCAGUACCUUGAGUCUUCUGUCGACACUUCAGUGUCUUUCAGAGAGGAGAGCAGGGAUGGACUUGUGGGUGUCCAAAAUCAUCCAAACUUAGAAGAGACCAAGGGAGGGGGGACUUGCUUAGUUAGUCAGGAGCCUGUACCUAUUCCAUUACGCCGCGUGGUGUCUCAUGAAUUUCUAGAAGCUCGCUUCAAGAUCCAGCUGCUUUUGGAGCCUCAGCAGUACAUGGCUUUCCUGCCGCACCACAUCAUUGUAAAGAUCUUCUGCUUGCUGCCUACUGAGAGUCUGGCUGCCCUCAAGUGCACCUGCCAUUACUUUAAAUUUAUCAUUGAGAGUUACGACAUACGGCCGGCAGACUCUCGUUGGGUGAGUGAUCCACGCUACAAAGAUGAUCCCUGCAAGCAGUGCAAAAAGCGGUAUGAACGAGGUGAUGUUUCUCUCUGCCGUUGGCAUCAUAAGCCCUACUGCCAGGCACUACCAUAUGGCCCAGGCUACUGGAUGUGCUGCCGCAGAUCUCACAAAGACACACCUGGUUGCAAUGUAGGACUUCAUGACAACCGCUGGGUCCCUGCCUUUCAUAGCAUCAACAUGCCAAUUUACAAGAAAAACAGGGAUACUGAUGAGGAUUUGUAAAGUGCAAGAAAGAUGACUGCAGUGAGGGUUUUAUUUCUGAGGUCUGUGUAUAUGUGUGAUUUAACUAGUGUGAGUAGGCUGUUUGUUUCCAGUGCCUAUGUGUUGCCAAUGAGCAUGUGCGCUUUUGAUGUAUAGUGCUUACUUCCAGGUUGCUGAAACCUAAUAAGAGAUUGCUGGGUCUUUGAGCUUCUACUCUGCCAACCAGUCACCAAUUCUCCUGUCGAAAACCUUUCUCAGGUCCUUAUUGUUGGUCUGCACUUUAACCUUUAGAUUGAAUUUUGCAGAGUUCUAUCUGGGUACUGCUUGAUGAUUUUUACUUCGAGUAAGCAUUACUGACUAACUUUAAUUUUUUUUUCAAUCCACCCACCAUUCUUUUUCUGUAACACACCUUGACUAUUUCCUGCACUGAAUUUGACUCGGCCUAAUAUUGAAAAAUUUUGAGCAUUGCAGUUCUGUUUAUCUCCCAGUGUACUUGUAUGCAUGAUUAACUCAUUGGCCAUAAGGGAAUCUUUAAACAAGGGCACAAUGAGUAAUUGAUACAUUUGCUCCAUUUCCCUAUCUUCCAUUAUCACCUCUUUGUACCGUUAAAAAUUCCUUGGAUACUAGGUGGCGAAAUGACUUCGUGACUUUCUGAGAUUAUUCUGAGCCCAGAUGUUUACAUUGUACAUAGAAAAGAAUCCUAUAUAUCAUAACAUGGUGAUGAAUGAUGGCACGAGUGUGGUGUGAAAUGCAUUUAAUCUUAAUAUGGGGUAAAAUGCCUUUUUUUUUUUUAUGCUAACUUUUUUGUUGUGUAUAUAGAUAUCUAUAUGGAAUGGACGCUCUUGUUCUGCAGUAGGAGUCUUAUUAUAAAACGUGUGUGUAUGUGAAUACACAACCGUAUGUGAACGGAGUGCAUAUUCUUCUCCGAUUUUAAGUAUUGAAAUCUCCCUUGUUUGAUGUGUUGUUUUUUGACAGAAAACAUUUGAAUGUGGGAAGAGAGUUUCUUCAUCUUGACAGUGACUAACUGAACACCAUCUGAAAAAAGAAAAAAAUAUUGCAAUAUACUGUUUUCCAAAGAGUGUCAGAUUUUAAAAAAUUGUUAAUGACAUUGCUGUGCUCUGCCUGUUAAGGCAUUUUACUUCAAUAAAGUAUAUCUUGAAGAAUUUGUA